AAAAAAAGACGCCCAAAGGUUAUUCCCCAAGCACAAACCUCUGAGUCUCUGACACACCGCCGCCGCGCCGCAUCCGCUACAGGCUACCCUCACCACCGCGCACACCGAAGUAGUAGCAGGCGGUGCCGCCCCCAAUGGCGGCAGACUGGUUGUGGGCGCGUAGGGUGUGGGAGAAGUGGGCCGCGAAGCACAUCGGCACCUCCGGGAAGCCGGUCCAGGCUGCGCUCCUGCUCAACUACGACCCCUCCGGGCCAUCUCGCCUCCUUCCCGUCGUAGCAGAGCAAGAGGGAACACAACUUUCAGCUCUUGAUAUGCAACCACUCCUGGACUUUGUCAAGAGGGGUAAUCUGCAGACUGAAUUGUUCUCUGUUGGGCUGAACCAACAUUUGGUCACCUCAAUCCAUGAAAACUGGUUUUGCGCCCGCUGCAUUAACAGCACAAAACCAGAAGGUGAAGGAGUAAUAGUUAUGCAGAUUGGAGCUUGCUUAUUAGUCACUAUGUAUGCUGGUUCUCUUGCUGCAGCUUCGCAAGCAAUGGUGGCUGCUGAUCAGUUUGCAAUACAGUUUAACCGGAGGAGUCACUAAUUUCCAGUAUAGUUUCAUGAGUGAUGUUGAUCGCAAUUUGUUAGUGUUUGGGAUGAUAGUGCUGGAAUGCCGUAGAUGACCUUAUGUAACUUGUAAUGUUACGAUAUUCUCGGCCGUAGUUAUGCUAAUAUAAUAGCGAAUAUUGACUAAUACUGAUGUUCCUAGUGUGAGGUUGAAGAAGCUCAUGUUGAAUUUGUGGA